AUGGAUCGGCAAAUCUCCGUUUUUCUUCUGUUUAUUCUUUUCACUUCAGGACACUCUCUCAAAUGUAAUUUGUGUCUGGAGGGCUCUUGUAGACAGGAAACAUGCGACAGUGGACAAACCAGCUGCUUAAGUGAAACAUAUUUUCAUAAGUCCACCUUCAGUCUAUACAACACAUCUGUUAAAAGAUGUGCUCCAGCAGGUGACUGUGUAAGUGGGUUCAUCAACCUCGGCAGUAUAAAGAUUUCUUCUUCCUGCUGUAACACAGAUCUCUGUAACGACAAAGACGCUCCAGAUCCCUCAAAUGUCCCCAAUGGAAAACAAUGUUACCAUUGUGAUGGGCACAACUGCUCAAGCAUACUACGCUGCUCAGGGAGUGAAGACCGCUGCUUUACAGCAACAGGGGAUUUGGGAGGCAUGUUACUUCUUGCAAAAGGCUGUGUCUCUAAAUCUGCUUGUAAUGCUACAAAACUUUUUAGUCUGUUGAGGAUCUCAUGCUGUGAGGGGAACCUGUGUAACGGUGCUCAGAGCAUCACUCAGAGCUUCCUGUUCCUCUGCUGCUCUCUGCUCUCCUUCAUCCUGCUGCACUGAAUCCAGCAGCACUUCACAUUCUACAAUGAGACACACUCUACUGAAUAUAGAGCUUGUAUUUUCUCUGUACUAGAUUUGGUGUUUUUAUAAGAUGGACAUUCUUUCUGUAAUAGAAUAAUACAUCUGCUUGUUUCUGGGAUUAAGUAUUUUAAAUUUAGCGAACUAAAUGAAUCAAGAUUGAACUAAGCUGAGCUGAUUAAUGACACAGUAGUCUUCCGUAGAGUUGCUUUACAACUGAAAUUGAAUUUGUAUAUUAUAACUAAAUACUACUCAAAUGUAAAUCACAAUAUUAACUUACUGUUUAUCGAACCGUUGUAUAAAAUCAAUGUCACAUUUGCAAACUUCUUUUAUAAUCAUCAAAUGGCUGUCACUCAUCUCAGUUCAUCACGAGAUAUAACGGCCAAUCACAAAAGCUAUCUCACAGCUAACCAUAUCCUAAUAAUAAAAACAUAGCAGGAUAUUUGUCUAAGUCAGGGAACCACAGUAAUUACAGGGAACCACAGUCAAUAGUUUCACUCAACAAACAAUGGGCUUUUUUAUAUAUACCGUA